AUGUCGAAACGUACCGUCUUCACCACGGUGACGCCCCUCCCCGUCGGCGUCACCCGGCAGAUCGCACUCGACUUUUUGCACGACCACCACGAGAUGAUCGACCUGAACCCCUUGAUCAAAGAGCGUCAUCCCAUCCCACCACCACCGCACGCCCCGGCCGACGAACUGCGUUGCCAGUGGUAUUCGUUGACGGACAAGGUUUCCUAUUUCCCGGGCGUAGCGGGCGACGUCACGUAUACGUGCGCGUUUAAUGAUGUCCCGACUGGGCUGCAGACGCAUUGUUAUGCGCCGGCUGGACUGACAAUCCGGGCCAAAUGGUCUGUUGGCGGCACCCUCCCCGGCGAACCAUCACAACCUCACGAGCUCGGUCUCCGAGCACCCGCAACUGGCCUCUACCUCCGCGAAGACGUCGAUAUGCGGUGCAAUAUGUUGAUCACGGGUUUUGCCAAGAGGACGCUGAAGAAGUCACACGCCGCGCUGGUUGAGCGGCUCAAGAUGAAGGCGGCGAUGGCGGGUACCGCGGCCGGAAAGGGCAUGGGGUUUGGCGCGGUUGGGACGAUGAGCGGGAACAGCUACAGGAACAGCACAGGUACUAUCGCGUCGCCUCCGCCGAUGCAACUGAACUUUUUGAAAUACGGGCCAGUUGAACAUCACCACCCAACUUACACUCCUCCAUCGACCACUCCACCCCCGCCGGCCUCUGUAUCUGCGUCAGUAUCCACGGUAUCCGCGGUUUCGGCACCCAUUACGCGUUCCUCUUCGGUCUCAUCCUCCCCGUCCUCGUACAGCCCCCAGAGCAGCCCGGUGUGGUCGCAAGCGCCGAGCACUCUGGGGACAAGCCCUGCCAUGUCGACGACUUCAAGCACGCCGGGUAUUCAAGAGAAGGGGGGGAUGCGGCUGCAGCGGAAGCCGACACCACCAGUGGAAUUACACUCGGAACCAGCAGUCGAUCUUUCGCAGCCAUCACAGCAACAGCCGCCGCCGCAACAACAACAACAACAACAACAACCCAUUUGCGUGCCUGCGCCCGUGCCGGAAGUUGUCAUCCGGGAACCUGAUACGCCGUUUCUUCGUCCAUCCCAGCUGAACUGGCCGCUGACCAGUGCACCCGAUGUGCCUCCUGUUCCCACUCUGGUCCCCGCUGCGGUCUCUGUCGCUAUCCCCAUACCUCCAGUAACGGAACCAAAGCAAACACCGACUCAAACUAACACGACACUGUGGGAUUUACAAAAAGAAGUACAAGACCAUCUAGAGCUGCACAUGCAACAGCAACAGCAAGAGCAACAACAACAACAAGAACAACAAACCAGACCUCACCUCUCUUCCCAACCCAGCUGGCCCCUGAAAGCUCCCGAGUCACAACUCAACGCCAACUGGCCGCUCAAGCCGUUCACCCUUCCCACCACCACCACCACUACUCCCGCUUCCCCGCCUACCAUGACAGAAACAACAACCACAAUCCCCCGCAAACCCCGCCCGCAAUCCCAGCUCUUCAUCAAACCGUACCGUCCCCCCGCCCACCACGCCGCCGCCGCAGCCGCGCCCAAAGUGAACGAGCCCGACGCCAAAACAGAGGAAUCCAAACUCUCCGACGACGCGCUCUGGCUAGCUCUCGGAGGCGCGGCGGGUUCACGAGCCAAAGGGGCGAGGGCGGUAUCGAUGUACGGGGCACCGAGUCUAGUCCCAGCCCCAGCAGGGCCACCAGCAGGAUCAGUCGGACAGGGUCUCAAGCCAUAUCAGCCGCCGCGGAAUGUACGGGCGAGCAGUUAUGGGGCUGCGUAUGGGGUUGUUUAUGGAAGCCAGCAGGGGAGUGGGAGUGGGAGUUGGUCUGACUCUUUGUAUGCGCAUGGACAUCCUGAUUAUCCGCAGAUGAGUCCGUAUGAUGGGGAGGUUGUUGCUAGCGAAGCGAAGGAGGGCCGAGCUGGUAGUCCACAGGGACAGGCGGAGGGUAGUGGUGGUGUUGUUGGGCUGGGUGUGGAUGUGGGACGGGGAGGCCAUAUGCGGACGGUUAGUAUGCCGUCGAUGGUAGGGGGGCAUUGA